UGCAUCAUAUGCAUGUGCACCUCUUUAUCAAAAUUUCAUCAAACCUUUGACACUCUUCCACCAUUCUCUCCGUUCUAUUUAGGUAAGAAGCUCAUUUUGGAGCCAUUAUUUCGGCCUGGUGGUUGUUGCAGAGUCAUCUCUCUUAAAACCAUAGCAGACUGAUACUUUUUAGAGAGAGAAAGCAGCGGGAACGGUGUACAGUAUGGCAGCUAGUGUGCCAUCUCGGAUGCUUUACAUCGAUGGGCAAUGGAAGGAGCCUGUUAAGAGGAAGCGGUUGCCCGUCAUCAACCCUGCAACUGAAGAAAUCAUAGGAGAUAUUCCUGCUGCUACUGCUGAGGAUGUUGAACUUGCUGUUGCUGCUGCUCGUAGGGCUUUCACAAGAGAUAAGGGGGCUGGUUGGGCCCGUGCAUCUGGGGCAUUUCGUGCUAAGUAUCUGCGUGCUAUAGCUUCAAAGGUGAAGGACCGUAAAACUGAACUGGCAAAGUUGGAAGCUCUUGAUUGUGGGAAGCCACUGGAAGAAGCGGCCUGGGACAUUGAUGAUGUUGCUGGAUGUUUUGAAUAUUACGCUGAUCUUGGAGAAGCUUUGGAUAGACAACAAAGGGCUCCAGUAUCUCUUCCAAUGGAGAAUUUCAAGUGUCACAUUCUUAAAGAACCUAUUGGUGUUGUUGGCCUAAUUACUCCAUGGAAUUAUCCUCUCCUAAUGGCCUCAUGGAAGGUUGCUCCAGCCCUUGCAGCUGGGUGUACAGCCAUCUUGAAGCCCUCGGAACUAUCUUCUGUAACAUGUUUGGAGUUGGCUGAAAUAUGCAUGGAAGUAGGACUUCCUCCUGGUGUUCUAAACAUACUUACUGGACUGGGUGCAGAAGCUGGUGCUCCGAUGUCAUCUCACCCUCAUGUUGGCAAGAUUGCUUUUACAGGAAGUUCCAUGACGGGCAGAACAAUCAUGACUGCUGCAGCUCAAUUGGUUAAGCCUGUUUCUUUGGAACUUGGAGGAAAGAGCCCAAUUAUAGUAUUCCAGGGUGUGGACAUUGAGAAAGCUGCUGAGUGGACAAUGUUUGGUUGCUUUUGGACAAAUGGUCAAAUUUGCAGUGCAACUUCCCGUCUUCUUGUCCAGGAAAGUAUUGCAAUGGAAUUUUUGGAGAAACUUGUUGGUUGGACCAAAAGCAUCAAGGUUUCAGAUCCUCUACAGGAUGGUUGUAGACUUGGGCCUGUUGUGAGUAAAGGACAGUAUGAAAAGAUCAUGAAAUUCAUAUCCACAGCAAAGAGCGAAGGAGCAACUAUACUCUGUGGCGGUGAUCGUCCUCAACAUUUGGAGAAAGGGUAUUUUGUUGAACCAACCAUCAUAGGAAAUGUGAAUACUUCCAUGCAAAUAUGGAAAGAGGAGGUUUUUGGUCCAGUCUUGUGUGUCAAAACAUUUAGCACUGAAGAUGAGGCUAUAGAAUUGGCAAACGAUUCUGAUUAUGGCUUGGCUGGUGCUGUGCUUUCAAAAGAUUUGGAGCAAUGUGACCGUGUAUCACAGUACCUGCAUGCUGGAAUUAUGUGGAUAAACUGUUCUCAGCCAACCUUCUGUCAAGCUCCUUGGGGAGGAAACAAGCGAAGUGGUUUUGGACGUGAACUAGGAGAAUGGGGUCUCAACAACUACUUGAACGUGAAGCAGGUGACAACGUACACAUCACAUGAACCAUGGGGAUGGUAUCCAUCACCCUCAAAACUUUGAAGAAAUAGUAAGCCAAUGGCAUGUUACCAUUGCCAGUGUGCAACGUGGUAGCAUAUGUCAGAACAUAUUCUGUCGUUUGAAUGACUGAGGAAGGUUGUACCUCUCCUUCUAACUUUGUUAUAUGAGUAAUAAUAAUGGAGGGCCUGAACUGAUGCCUAUGUUAAAGUCGUUUGUAAUCUAGUUUUGCAAUAUUAGUCAGUUGAGCCUUGGGUUAUCUUUUCAAGUUUUAGAGUUCAUCAGAUUGGCUAUUUCAAGCUCUUUCAAAAUGUCUCUUUUUGUUUGUGAAUGCAAACUUUGUUGCGUUUCUGGUUCAA